GCUGCUCCUGGUCGACUUACGCGCGGGCAACUCCCAGCUGCUUCAGCUGCUCUGAAGCUCCGGCUCAGUCCCUGUCAUCGUAAUGGCUAUGCUCACCAGUGCCAUGGCUGCGGUCGACCAGGCGCGCACAGACGCCACCGCGGCCCUGGAGAGGCACGUGGAGCGGGCCAGGGCGGUGGCCUCGGAUGCCGUGGAGCAUGCGCGAGGCUCUGUGGUAUCUCUUUCGACAGCGCCCCCGGCGCCCUGCUCCGUUUGCGGUCAAAGUACCCGUGGCGGUGACGGCGGUGCCUGCGGCGAUGUAGGCGAAAUGGCGGGCAAGACGGGAACAAAGCGAUGCUUCAGCUGCCUCACCGAGCCUGAGCGCGAUGAGCUUGUCAUCGCCGUGAAGCAGCAGCAUCUCGCCGUGGACUCCUUCUUUGCAGGUGAGCCGCCGCCGAAGCAUGAGGAGCCAUCAGAGUCGGUGGUGGAGAAGGCCCACCGACUGGGUGCGCUGGCGCUGGGUGGCGCCGCCGAGAUCAUAGGCUGGCUGCCGGUGGUGGGUUCCGUGACCAAGAGCACCGUGAAGGUGCUGCACAAGGUGGUCAAGUUCGGACCGCUGGCGAUGUACAGUGCAGAGCUUGUGGAGACCCUGCAGUUGCUGGUGGUCAUGGCCAACCGGAGCGGCAUUGCCAAGGGGGAGGAGCCCUGA